AUGGAAUCCCCAGUGAUCGAUGCACUCAAUGCAGUGACAGCGACUGCCCAGGACUCCCCUGCUGACCCAGCGGGCGACGGCUCUGCGGCUCCGCCGCUGCUGCCGCGCGGCCGCAGCUACGACUGGCGGUGGGCGGGCUAUAGAGAGGGCAAAGCUGUCAUCCCUGAGCGCCCGGUGGCCUACAAUGUCAGGGCCUUUGGCGCCCAAGGCAACGGCAUGGCGGAUGACACGGCGGCACUGCAGCGCGCCGUUGCAGCCGCCAAGCAGAACCCCAAAGGCGGCGUGGUGCUGCUGCCUGCCGGUACCUAUGUGCUCAUGCGGCCGCUCACCAUCUUGCGAGCCGGGGUGGUGCUGCGGGGCGCCGGGGAGGGCAGCACCACUAUCCAGAUCAUGCAAUCGCUGGCAACGUACAACAUCCAGUCGCAGUGGAGCUCCGGCGGGGGGUUCAUCACGUUCUCGGGCCACACGCAGCAGACCAGCCUCCCGCGCUCGCUGCUGGCCCGCAUCACUGGCGCCGUGGAUGUGGGCAACCGCCUCGUCCCGGUGGAUAGCGCCGCCCAGAUCGCCGUGGGGCAGCGGGUGCGCAUCUUUGUGAACGAUGCUGUCACGAUGGAGACGCUUUACCUCGACAACGCCACCCUCCCCGCCAACGCCACCACCGAGCCUGCCCCGCCUGCCACCACCAGCCUGAGCCUGCCGCUCCCCGCCAAUGCCAGCGCGGCAUCCGCCGGAGCCGCUGCAGCGCUGGCCCCCACGCCUGAGGAAGAGGGGCUGAGCGUGGGGGAGGCGCUGGCGGCAGACGCUGCCGCAUCCGCUGCCGCUGAAGGUGCGAGCAGCGGUAAUGGCAGCAGCAGCGGUGGCGCCGGCGGCACCGGCGGCAGCGAUCAGGAGGGCAGCGGCAGCAGCGAGGAAGAUGCAGGCUCAGAGGCCGCCGCCUCCUUCGAAGCAGCGGCAGCAGGCGCUGCCCAUCCAGCCUCGGACCCUCUGGUGACCCGCAUGGCGCCAGCCGCCUCGCUGCCAGCCUGGGUGUAUGGCGACGGCAUGGGCGGCAUAGACAGCGGCAGCGAGGGCGGGGCCGACGUGGUGGACCGAGACGAGGUGUCGCUGCUGGCGCAGGUGGUCGCGGUGGGCGACGGGUGGAUGGAGCUGGACCGAUGGAUGCCCUUCCCAGUGAGGACGGGGGCGGGGUGGCAGGGGGAGGUCCACGCUGACAACCCCUCCCUUCAGGAUGCGGGCAUUGAGCGCCUGACCAUCCGCUUCAAGCACACUGUCAACACCUAG